UGGACCGCGGCCGGAUGUUCGUGUGGUCGACAGCGCAGGCCAAGAAGCUCCUCGUAGCGCCUGGGAAGCAGCUGGAGGAGGACGAGCAGGAAGGGCGGCCGCUGGAAGGAGGACAAGGAGGACAAGGAGGACAAGGAGGACAAGGAGGAGUCAGCAGGAGGAAGACGGCGGCGAGGAGGCCAGCUCUGUCCGGCGACGCGGAGAAAGGAUGCGAGGAAACGGAGCGCAGCGUGGGAGACAUGGCGCUGAAGGAGAUGGGAGUGAACGAGGAGGAGGAAGAGGAGGAGAAGAAGGAGGAGGAGGCGGAGAUGUGGGUGGGUGAGCGCCUGCUGGAUCUCGGAGCUGGGGACGGUCACGUGACACAGGUCCUGGCCGCGGGCUCCGUACAGGUCGAUGUGACGGAAGCCUCGCCCGUCAUGAGGAAGAGGCUUCGGGACAAGGGCUACAGAGUGCUCGACGUCAGGAGUUGGAUGCAGGAAACGGGAGACACAGAGUAUGACGUCAUCACUUGUCUCAACCUCCUGGACCGCUGCGACACACCCAAGACUCUCCUGAAGGACAUCUACCGAAAACUCAGGCCCGACGGCACACUGGUGGUUGCCUUGGUCCUGCCCUUCAGCCCCUAUGUGGAGUAUGGUGCUGCAGACAAUUUACCCUCUGAAGAACUUGGAAUCACCGGCUCAACAAUAGAGGAACAAGUAAACAGCCUCGCGAAUGAAGUGUUCCCCGGCCUCGGUUUCCAACUGGACAGAUGGUCUCGCUUGCCAUACCUAUGUGAAGGGGAUCUAGACCAGGCUUUCUAUUGGUUGCCAGAUGUCGUUUUGGUCCUUAAAAAGAUGGAGAUCUCAGAGGAAAAUUUGUAUUCACCUUCAAUGCAGGAACUAGCAAGGGAAGUCGACUUGAAGCUUGAUCUUUGAAGACAACAUGAAAUACAGUAUAACCAUCAAAUGUACAUGAAAUGGAAGUCAUUUCAUGUACCCAGUAUAUGCAAUAGAAUGAAAAGGAAAAAAAAAAAAAACACUUAGGCAAAUAAUUAUAUUGUGCAAUCUGUAUGUGUAAUUAAUAUGCAAGAUUUUGAAAUUAUUAAUCAGGUUUGGAAUGAUUUAACAUUAUUUGUCUAUUACCUGUAUUAUAUAAUUAGCAUACAGUACAAUCAGUAUAAAUAUUGCAGUAGUACUGUAAAUUCAAUAUUCAUGAUUAAGUUUUAAAAAUUGUUAAUUUACAAGACUGUAAACUAUAACUUUGAUCAAGAUUUCAUCAGAACUUGCAAAUUAUAAUGCCUUAGAGUUGUGAUGUAAUGGUUGUUUAUUUGUUGUGCUGGUGGUGGGUAUUAACUAAUGUGUAAGAAUAAACAAAAAUAGUGUAAUACACCUUUUUGCCAUGUUCAUUUGUAAACAAAUAUUGGUAUAAUUUUACAAGUUUAAGACCAUUUAAUCUUACUUUUUUAAUCAAUCUAUUUUAAGUUUGUAUUUCCCCAUUACUUUCCAACUGUGCUGUAUCUUCAGUGACUUUCGUAAGUGCAAAGAAAGUGUAAUACAAUCAUAAAUGGCAACAAUAUUUAAUAACUUACAUUCUUUUAUUAUAAAUCAUGUCAAAAUACUGUACAUAUCACAGAAAUCUCUCUUCAACAAGUAAAUCUGGAAAUUAAGUGCUCUAACAACAUUAAAUUUCAAAUACAUUUUCUUGAAAUUAAUGAGAAUGGAUUCAGUGAUUAACAUAUGAAGUUUCUUGAUUGCAUCAAAUACUUCUAAUCAGUUAUAUAAAUUGGAAUGUAUAUAUUUCUACUAUCAGCUUCCCCAUUGCCUAACAGAUGGAUCUUGUUCCUUACAACAGUUGCUGUUUGAGGCUGGCAUUCUCUUUCUUGACUUGACUAAGAUCAACUUUGAGUUGCUCCAAAUUUUCUUCAACCUUCUUGCUUUUUUCAAGGUCAACCUGCAAAGGACAGAAAUGAGUAAAGGUUCACAAUAUCACAACGAGGCUCUAGCACAUAGAUAGAAGUAUGUACAAAAAAUGAAAACGCUGAUGCUAACACUAUAAACUAUGUCCAAUGGUAAAUACAUUCCACUGACGUACCUGUUCCUUCAGUUCAGAGAUUUCUCUUUGGACAGUUCCCGUCUCACGUACAAUGUCAACCAGUUCUCCACAUCCCUCGUGUACCGCUGCCACAGCACGGUACACUUGGCGGACUCGCUCAUUAUUACCUGCCUCCUGUGGGUCCAAAGCACUUGUGAUCAGUGUUGCACAUAUCUAGUAUGAAGACUCCUAAUGUCAUCACCGAAAUAGUACUGUUCAUGGAUAACUAUUUUAUGUACACUAAGUCAAGGGAAAAAAAAAAAGAAAUUUAUAGAGUCACAUCCUUGGAUAGAAGAAUUACCGUUCCCAAAACUGUUACUGAGCAUAAACAGCCGAAAAAAAAAAUAUAUAUAUAUAUAUAAAAAGAAUGUCAAAAAAAAAGUAUAUUCUUUAUAACUCAACCUAGACCUGAACUCCUCUGUGACACAAGGAAAACACAUUUUUCUCAGGCAUACUGUACCAUUCCUCCUUCCCUUAACUGGGAAAAACUCCAUAAUCAUGGUCAGUAUUUUUAUACUCUUAUUGUAAGAAAUUUAAUACAACCUAAUAAUACUAAUACAAAAUCCUACUAAUACAAAAUACUAAUACAAAAUACUAAUACAAAAUAAUAAAUCAUACUAAAUACAUUAACAGAUAUAGAUUAAAAAUUAACACACGUUGACCCCUAAUGAACUAAUACAAAAGAUUAUGGAAGUGACGGCCACUUUUCACCUUGUACGCUGUCCCCUCGACCACUGUAAAGGUUCGCUCUAGCUUGCCAGAGAGGGUGUUGAUCUCCUUCUGUAUCGCCCUUGUGUCCACGAGCACACGAUCAAUUUCUUGCUUCUGUUUGCGGACUUUGGCACUGAUGUCGAUUAUUCUCUUGGUGUAAACAGCUCUUAGAACAGAGAAAGCAAAAUGUAAUGAAUAUGGGAAAUAAACAUUUAAUUAACA